CAAAGAACAUUUUUGACUCUCCCUAGUACAGUGCAUACUCUUUAGCAGACUUGUAGAGACAGAGAGGCUGAAACUAUGGAUGGCAAGGCAGAUGUGAAAGUACUCAUGGCAAAAUUUAAUGCAGGUAACAGCCCCGCAGAAGAUGUUUCUGGAAACAGCCGACCCUUCAAAGUCCCAGGACAACCCAUCCAUUCAGGAUUAUAAGUAAGGAAAGAAGCACUUGAGAAAUUUGCAAGUCAAGGAAAUGCAGCAUCUCCUUCAGGACCCAAGGCCUUUCACAAGCCUGUUCACUCUAAGCCUCCUCUGGGGGUCAAGCCUCCUGCUGAUGAUAAAACAGAAAAGGAUCCUAAGCCCCUGUAUUUGAAACCAGUGGCACAAAGGUUUGGGGUUCAGCUUCAGGCAACUAGCAGAGAAAAUGAUGGAAAAGCUGGAUGCCCUAAGACCCCCACCAAAUACAGUGACUUGCCAAAAGAGCCAAAGCCUCUGUAUCCAAAACCUCCAGGGAACAAGUUUCUUUCUCCUCAAGAGAAAGAAAAGCAGCCUUGGGGAUCCAAACCAAAUUCGAAUUUUGCAUCACAGGAGAAUGAGCCAGCAGUAUUUUCCAAAGUAGCUGGAGUUAAGGAAAAAUUCACUGCUGCAACACAAGAAAAUGAGCCUAAGCCUCAUUUCUCUAAACCACCUCUGGCACAGAAACCUUCUGUAAACCAUGAAGUCUCUCAUAAUGAAGACGCUUCUAAUAGAAAUGCUUUUCUGCAUAAAGGGACAUCAGGCCCAAGACCAAAAAUAAACUCAUUUAGAGCAGCAAAGGAAGCAGACAAAGAUAGUAACAACACUGCUGAAGCUGUCAGCAAUCACAGUCAUUCUUCCAAUAUGUCUCUGAAACCUACUGGCAAUUGGACCAGUUCAUCUCAAGUCACCCCCCAAAAUGUGGAGGAGAAGCCUGAAGAAAAGGGAGUAAGUGCAGUCAAGAAUAUCUUCCUCAACAAAAUCAACCAGGAAGAAUCUGGUUCUUCUCCCGCCAAGUUCCUUAAGACAAACCCAGCGUAUGCUGCAGGCCGGCUACGGGGGGGAUCACAGGAAAAAGAGGAGAGAGACAAGAACGUGGCCACCCCGAAGCGGAAGGCUUUGCCCCCACUGUUCACCCUGGGGCAGCCCCCACAGAAGCCCAGCAGACCCCCAAAUGUGGACCUGGAAAAGUUCAGGAAGAACAGCACAAAAGACAGCCCAAGAAAGGAAGGUUUCAAGCAGCAAGUGCCUUCCUCGGCAGCGCUCUCGCCGCCUGUGCCUCCCCCACACGCUGCCACGCAGUUGCCACCUCUUCCACCAGCCUCUCACCCAUCGCUGCAGGCCCCAGCGGCCCCCAGCCUGCCUCCCAGAAACAGCAAGCCCAGCUCCGAAGCGGCAACUCCAGACAAUGAAGAAAAUUAUGAUGAUGUUGAAUUUGAUUCACAGAGUAAGAUGGGUCAUGGAAGUAUAGAAGAGGGCCAAGAAAGUGCUGAAGAGAUGUAUGAAGACAUAAAUAACGUCAGAAAAGAAAAGAAAGAGCAAGAAGUCAGGAAGAAGUUCAAAUUAAUGGGACCCAUUCAAGUCCUUCAUCAGGCACGAGCUUGUACGGACUACAAGGGAGGAAAGAAUGAGCUGACUGUCAAACAAGGGGAUCAGAUUGAAAUCAUUCGUCUCACAGACAACCCAGAAGGAAAGUGGCUAGGCAGGAUAAAAGGAUCUUAUGGAUACGUUAAAACAACUGUGGUGCAGAUUGAUUAUGAUUCUUUAAAAAGAAAGCAACAACCAACUAUCAGAACCGCUGUGAAACGUGCAGACAGUGACCAAGAAGUGUAUGAUGAUGUUGGAGAGCAGGACAGCAUCAGCAGCCAGACUCCUGGUCAAAGUGGAACUGAAAUGAUGUUCCCUCCUCCUCCUCCUGAUCAAGAAAUUUAUGAUGGGAUUGAUGAUGAAGAUGUUAGUAUUCGGUCUGUAUCACAGGAUGAAGAUAAGACUGAUAGCUGGUCCUGGGGAAUUUUGAAGAGACUAAAGGUCAAAGAUAACAAAAAGAAAAGUGUACGAGAAAAAACAACCAAGGUCAAUGGGGAAGAAGAUAAAGGAGAUUUGUUCGUGACUUCUCCAACAAAGCAGGAUGGAAAAGACUGUGGAGACAGUGAUGUUUAUGAUGACGUAGAUUCCUCAGACUUCCCUCCUCCACCAGCUGAACUCAGUUCAUCAAAAUCAUUCAGCCUUGGAAAAGGUAAACAAGAUGAAAAAGAUGCACGAAAGCUGAAAAAGAUGGAAAGAGAAGAAAAAGAAUUUAGAAAAAAGUUCAAAUUUGAAGGUGAAAUUAGAGUUCUUUACUCCACCACCACAAUCCAGGAUUUACCUCAGAGAAAGUGGGGAUCUAAAGAUUUACAGAUUAAACCAGGGGAGUCUCUUGAAAUUAUAGAAAAUACAGAUGAAACCAAGGUCCUGUGCAGGAAUGAAGAAGGAAAAUAUGGCUAUGUUCUGAGAAGCAAUUUAGUUGAGAAUGAUGGAGAGAUUUAUGAUGAUAUUGGUGAUGGUUGCAUCUAUGAUAAUGACUAAGCUGACUUCUGUGAGUUUAAGAGUUACAUUGGGGAUCAAAAUUUGUUUUGAACUUCCAUGUUGUUGAA